AUGAACAGUGCCAUUGAAAUUGAGGACGCCAAACCCAGACGAAAAGCCUUUAUCCAUCGCUCACAGCAGGGAUGCCGAACAUGCCGGAUUCGUCAUGUUAAAUGCGACGAAACCCCUGUUGCAUGCGUGAAAUGUACUUCUACUGGUCGCCAAUGUGAUGGAUACGAUGCUGUUCGUCUCCCCGUUAGGCGGAGAUUCCGAAAUGUAACAUUUCUCAAUUCACCUAAGAUACUACUCCCCGACAAAACAUCCGACGAGCGACGAUCCUUUUCGUUCUUUCAGUCUUUAACAGUGCCGAUGAUGAAUAGCUGGUUUGACCAUCCGCUGUGGGAAAGAGCUGUAUUGCAGUAUAGCCAAGGGGAAUCAGCUAUCUGCCACGCUGUCAUUGCUGUUAGUGUCCUGCACGAAGAAUCGGAGACUACGGGUGAGCCAGUCCUACCUGAAAACAUGAUGAACCCACGGCAUCAAUUUGCAGUGCUGCAAUAUAAUCGAUCCAUUGCGUACCUGAAUUCGCGGAUAGCAUCAUCCAAUGAUCCUGACCUUACGAAUGUGGUUCUCAUAUGUUGCUUGCUGUAUAUCACCUUUGAACUUAUUUGCGGGAAGUAUGACAGAGCACAUACCCACCUACGGAAUGGAGUUCAAAUUUUAAAGGAUCAUGAAUCUAAAAACUCUCUGCGAGAGUCAGCUAUAGUGAGAAACUUACAACCCUCACUUUCCAGUGCUAUGAUGCAUCUGGAUCUUCAAGGCCUGCAGUGGGGGGCUUCCAGCUUACUCGACGGAUGGAGCAUAGGUGAUAUGGAGUGUUUUGGGAAGAUUACACAAAAUACUAUAGUUAUUGAAUCUCUAACACAAGGACUUGAGGUGCGUGAUCGCUUGAUGGAUGAAGUCUGUAUCUUCCGAUAUUUUGCAAAGACACUAUGCAAAGAGGUGCACCCCACAAACAUUGCAUUUCUAUCAAGUAUCCAACAACGGUUACGAAUGCGGAUGGCGGAGUUUGGGCAGGCGCUAGCAAGACUAGAAAAAGCAAGGCUGGGCACUAGAUUAACCACUGCGAAGGACAAGAGGGGUAUUGAUCUACUCCGUAUGCAUUAUUUAGGAAUGUCCUUACGGCUUGACCUUUGUCUCAUUGAGUCAAUGGAUACAAUACGUGCUAACUUCGCUCACCGGUUUGUCGAGCUUCUUGAGCAAGUAGAGCUUGUCACGAGUGGGUUUCGGGACGAGAGGUGUUCAAGCUCUCCCCGUCGACCAAGCCUGUUCAUGGAGACAGGGGUUAUUGUCCCACUAUUCUAUAUCUGUGAAGAGAGUGGGGAUCCAGAACUGUCACGGAGGGCGAUGGAAGUUCUCGAAUCAUGGCCGCAUCGCGAGGGCCUUUGGGAUUCAAAUGUUGCCGCUACAAUGAUCCGUUCAAUGGGAGCGCUCAAUGGAAAUGGGAAUGGGUUCUAUACAGCUAUACCGUUGUAUACAUAA